AUGUCUUGGAAGCGGUCAGCGCAGCUGAUGGAAACCAUCAGUCACUACGCGAACUUUCCGGCAACAGGUGUCUCGCUUCGACAGAUGGUCCAAUUUGGUGAGAGACCGUCAACUGGUACGCUGUUUCGCGCUUCACAGUUUCUAUCUGAAGAGCUGCCGAUACGACUUGCGCAUCGCGUCCAAGAGCUCGAGCACUUGCCAGAUGGACUCAAUGAAAUGCCGUCAAUACAAAGAGUGAGGGAUUGGUACGCACAGUCAUUCGAAGAAUUAACUACCCUACCCCGACCGUCCAUAAGCGCAGAAGUGAAGGAGCGAUUACUCAAGCCGGUUAAAGCCGCUGCGGACAAAGAACUUAGCAAAACGACAAGCAACCCUAGUGUGAAGAAGGGCCAAUACACAUCCAGACCCGAGCUGAGUGGAAACGGUAACACCAACGGUAACGGCAACGGCAAUGGCUACGACAGAAAAAACAUGAGCAUGAAGAAAUAUUAUGUUCCAGCAGAUGAUGGAAAUGAUUGGCCUCCCGAGCUGGAUGCGUACAAUAAGCGAUUUGCACAGACGCUGGAAAAAAUCAAAAGACGGCAUGACAGCGUGGUCACCACUGUUGCACAAGGUAUUCUCGAGUGGAAGCGUAAGCGGCAACGCAUGCAGAUCGACAACAACAUACAGGCUUUCUUGGAUAGAUUCUACAUGUCUAGAAUAGGCAUACGAAUGUUGAUCGGGCAGCACAUUGCACUAACGGAUCAGCGGCAGAGAAGGGAUCCGAACUACGUGGGCAUUAUAUGCACAAAGACGAAUGUUCGCGAGCUUGCCCAAGAAGCGAUUGAGAAUGCGAGAUUUGUAUGCGAGGACCACUACGGUUUGUUUGACGCGCCGAAGGUGCAACUCAUCUGUGAUCCAAACAUCAAUUUCAUGUAUGUGCCAGGACACUUGAGCCACAUGCUCUUUGAGACGCUCAAGAACUCGCUGAGGGCUGUCGUGGAGACCCAUGGCCAGGACAAGGAGGACUUUCCGGUGACGAAGGUUAUCGUGGCCGAGGGUAAGGAGGACAUCACGAUCAAGAUAUCCGACGAAGGAGGAGGAAUACCGAGAAGUGCGAUCCCGCUGGUGUGGACAUAUAUGUACACCACGGUGGACCAAACACCGAACCUGGACCCCGACUUUAACAAGAGCGAUUUCAAAGCUCCGAUGGCUGGGUUUGGAUAUGGGUUGCCAAUUAGCAGGCUUUACGCCAGGUACUUUGGCGGUGAUCUCAAGCUCAUUAGUAUGGAAGGAUACGGAACAGACGUGUACCUCCACCUCAACAGGCUAUCAUCUUCCUCGGAGCCUUUGCAAUAG